AGGGAAACGUUAGGAAUGUGAAGAAGGUUCCGGGGGCGUUUUUUCUUGCCUUGUCUCGCUUGCAGGUUUAGUGGAGGAUAAGGAUAUUUUGGCUUGCUUGUUGUUAAUUGAAGAAGCGCUUGGGAGCUGGGUUGCUUUGACUGGAGAGGAAAGAAAUCCCGUUUUUAGUGAGUGCGUUGUGAACACGCCCCCUCCUUUUGCAAAGCUUUUUCAUAUAGGCGGUGAAAGUGAUUAUACUUCUCCAGCCCCCUAUAGAGAGAGUUCCCUGCUCGGUUGUGCAGCCUAGUGCGCAGUCUUAGAAAAGAAAAGCAUUGCUGCGGGUUCUUUUUAUUCCGAAGGACGCCUGUUUAAUUUAGCAUAAUGUGAUUCUACCUGAAUGGUUCGGAGUCGGAGGACCCGAAAAAGUAAGGCGGUAGAGUCUGCAAAAGUGGAGAAAUAGCUCUGGAGCCAAGGUCGCCUCAGUUCUCCCACAUACUUCCCCUCGCUUAGCCCCAUCAUGUCCCAGGAAAGCGAGCAUGGGAAAUGGACGGUGUCCAGUAGCGAUGAGAGUGUAGAUGAGGACGCCGGUUGCGAGGAGCCCUCGACCUCUUUGCUGCAAGGGGCUGGUCGGGACAAAGUUACCGAACCGAGUUACUCUUGUUCAGAAGCCAGGAAGGCAGCCCACAAGAGGAAAUCUUCCCCUCUGCAAUUUCAGGAUGAAAAUUCCCUGUCGGAGGUACCGCCGGCCCCAAAGAGACUUUCUCAAGAAGGUUCGGGUUGGUGCCUUUCGAGUAGUGAAGAAGAGGAUGAUUGCAAAGGCAAGGAUGUAAAGAAAAGCGAUGCAGUAGCCUCCAGCGUCCGACAGAAAGAGGAUUGUGCUCCUCAGGACCUGGCAAAGGAUGAACUUCCACUGAACCACAAAUCUGCCGAGCCGCCAAAUGAAGUGCAGGACACUUGGGAUCUGUUGGAUGGAGGGAAUCCUUUUAGAUUUUUCCUCACCAAAGUACGAGGAAUCAAGUCCAAAUACAAUGCUGGAGCCUUGCAUAUAAAAGACAUUUUGUCUCAGCUUUUUGGAACCCUUGUGUCAUCUGCUCAGUUUAACUAUUGUAUAGAUGUGGAAUGGCUUAUCAGACAGUACCCAAAGGAAUUCAGGGACAAACCUUUGCUAAUAGUCCAUGGGGAAAAACGAGAAUCCAAGGCUGAUCUGUAUGAACAAGCUAAGCCCUAUAAAAAUGUUAGCUUCUGCCAGGCUAAGUUGGAUAUUGCCUUUGGAACCCACCACACCAAGAUGAUGUUGUUGUGUUAUGAAGAAGGCCUCCGUGUUGUGAUACAUACGUCCAAUCUUAUUGAAGAUGACUGGUACCAGAAAACACAGGGCAUAUGGCUAAGUCCUUUAUAUCCAAAGCUACCCCCUGGAACUCCUGGCUCUGCUGGUGAAUCUUGUACCAAUUUUAAGUCGGAUCUUAUCAGUUAUUUGAUGUCAUACAAGUCCCCAGCUCUCAAUGAAUGGGUUGAAGUAAUCAAGCAACAUGAUCUUUCAGAGACCAGAGUAUAUCUUGUUGGGUCUACUCCAGGUCGAUACCAAAACAAUGAAAAAGAGAAAUGGGGUCACCUUAGGCUAAGAAAGCUUUUAAAAGAUCAUGCAGUGCAAGUACCUGAUGAAAAUUCUUGGACUGUAAUAGGGCAGUUCUCAAGUAUUGGAUCCAUGGGACCUGACCAAUCCAAAUGGCUGUGUUCAGAGUUUAGACAAAGUUUGGUCACUCUAGGAAACAGUGCCAAGACUCUGACAAAUCAGGAGGUUCCCAUUAAUCUGAUUUAUCCCUCUGUGGACAACGUGAGGCAAAGUUUGGAAGGUUAUCCAGCUGGUGGUUCUCUUCCAUAUAGCAUACAGACUGCACAGAAACAGCUUUGGCUCCACUCUUUCUUCCACAAAUGGUCAGCUGAAACGUCCGGUCGUAGCCAUGCCAUGCCUCAUAUUAAGACUUAUAUGAGAGUUUCUCCAGACUUCCAAAGGAUUGCAUGGUUUUUAGUUACAAGUGCCAAUCUUUCCAAGGCUGCUUGGGGAGCAUUUGAAAAAAAUGGUGCCCAGCUGAUGAUUCGAUCGUAUGAGCUAGGAGUCCUCUUCUUGCCUUCAGAAUUUGGCCUGGAUACUGGUUAUUUCCAGGUAAAGGAAAACCUGCUUUCUGAUGAGCCAGCAUCAUUUCCUGUACCUUAUGAUCUGCCCCCGGAGAAGUAUGAAAGUAAAGAUCAUCCAUGGAUUUGGAACAUUCCUUACACGAAAGCUCCAGACACACAUGGAAAUAUGUGGGUCCCCAAAUGAAAUGCUCCAGUUCCCUCUGAAACUAUUAUCUGAGCCUUUUUGGGGAAACAGUAUCACCUAUACAACUGUUUCUUUGAAAAUACAGUGUUUUCAGAACUGUUUUAUAAACUUGAAAAUAUUCUAAUGAAUAGUGUCGGGAAGCUUCCUUCACAAAUGAGCCAUGUAUUCAGUGUGUUUCUUGGAACAGUGGCCCUGAUGAAGGGGGAUUUGUAUACAAUUUGCAAUAAAGUGAACAAAAAUGUUUGGUUA